UGAACGGCAGUGCGGUAAACAGUAUCAUCAUCAUCAAUGUUCAAUGCUAAACUUUUCACUUUCGUCUUGAAAAUUUUUGGUUUAGAUUUUCAGUGUAGGCCUUGCUGGUUUGUGUGAUGUUCAGGUUAGAUAGAAGAUUAGGCUUUUCCCUCUUACUGUGUUUUGAUACCAUCUCGGUGGUCGUAUGUCACGUUUAAGAACUGAUGAAACACUCGCUUAGGUAGCAUACUUUAUUUCGGUGCAGCUACUGUGGUCGUAUUGUUUUCAUACGGAAGAUGUUGUUCGCUAAUUAGUGAUAUCAUAAAGUUUUGCUGUGUUAAAAGUCUGAAAGGUUCGGAUAGCAAAUUCAGGAAUAUUCUGUCUGCAAACCUAGGGAUCUUUAGUUCUACUUGAAAAAAAAAGCUAUUUUUCCUCUCUUUCUUAAAAUCGGGAUUGGCCGAAUCGAUGUUGAUUGCCAUAGCAUUACAAUAGGAUGCGCUGAGAUGAGAGGUUUUGCCGUCAGAGGGCGCUAAGAUCUCUAGCAAAGAACUGCUGGGGUCACAACUUGAGUAAAUGUAGUGAAAAGAAUAGCGAAGAAGUGUGACAGUCUUGGAGACACGAACAGAAAUAAUGGAACAGGACGAGGAAAGAUCAGAAGCAGGGGGCGGGGAAAGUGGAUCCCCCGAUACUGAUUCGAAUUUCGCUGAAAAACAUGAAAGGGUCGAAGCUAUGAAGGAAAAAUCGAAAAAUGCUGCAAGGACUCGCAGAGAAAAAGAAAAUGCGGAAUUCUACGAAUUGGCAAAGAUGUUGCCUUUGCCAUCGGCAAUCACCAGUCAGCUGGAUAAAGCCUCCAUAAUACGUCUAUCGACCAGUUACCUUAAAAUGAGGACAGUUUUCCCUGAAGGUUUGGGAGAUGCGUGGGGACACAGAACACCGCCAAGAACUCGUCUAGAAAAAGAACUCGGGUCUCAUUUACUUCAGACUUUAGAUGGUUUUAUAUUUGUGAUUGCUCCAGAUGGUAAAGUGAUGUAUAUAUCUGAAACAGCGUCAGUCCAUUUAGGACUCUCUCAGGUUGAAUUAACAGGAAACAGUAUAUAUGAAUAUAUUCACCCGGCAGAUCAUGAUGAAAUGACGGCGUUAUUAACAAUACAUCAUCCUUAUCAUACUCAUAUAUUACAAGAUAUCGAGGUUGAACGAUCAUUUUUCCUCAGAAUGAAAUGUGUUCUUGCUAAAAGAAAUGCUGGUCUCACAUCUGGAGGAUAUAAGGUUAUACAUUGUAGUGGUUAUUUAAAGAUAAAACAGUAUACAAUGGAUGUAUCACCGUAUGAUGGCUGUUAUCAAAACGUUGGGCUGGUAGCUGUAGGUCAUUCGUUACCUCCUAGUGCCAUCACAGAGAUUAAAAUGUUCAAUAAUAUGUUUAUGUACAGGGCCAGUCUCGAUCUCAAAUUAAUAUUCUUAGACGCUAGGGUGGCAGCUUUAACAGGUUAUGAACCACAAGACCUGAUAGAAAAAACGCUGUAUCAUUAUAUACAUGCUUGUGAUAUUCUACAUAUGAGAUAUUCACAUCAUACUUUGCUGCUGAAAGGUCAAGUAACCACUAAAUAUUAUCGAUUCCUGGCUAAAGAUGGUGGCUGGGUGUGGAUGCAGAGUUAUGCUACAAUAGUUCACAAUAGCCGAUCGUCUCGUCCACAUUGCAUAGUCAGUGUUAAUUAUGUUUUAAGUGAUGUUCAGGCAAAGGAUCUCCAAAUACAGCUCGAACAAACCCUUUCAUCAAAGGAAGUGUCUCCAUUUUCGUCCAUGCACGAUCGAACGAAAUCAAAUGGGAAAGUUAGGCAACCUAGAAAUAAAAACAGGCGUUCGCCCUAUCCACAGAUGCCGGAAACUACCGAGUAUACCGCGCCGGAAUAUCCCGAAAGAACGCUUGAAUAUCCUGCGGAUGUGUCCGUCCCAAUGCAAGGUUAUCCGAGUAUGAUGUAUCCUCAUACAGCCGAGGGUAUUGAUAGAUACAGUGCUCUGUAUGCUGCUGCGCCCUAUGCUCACGCUGGAAUGUCCAUGUAUCGCGAUGCGGCAGCCGCAGCUUGUGUUUAUCCGUACCAAACGGCCCACCAGAGAUAUCUAGAUGAACGUAAUGCUUAUCGAUCUUACGAGGAACGUUAUUACCCUGCACGUGAUCCGGCGAAUUAUCCGGGUUACAUACCGUCUCAGACUGCUCUGCAAACUCGAUUAAAUCAUAACGAAUCAAGUCGAGAAAGUUCUCAAAGUGCGGGACAGCAAUAUGGCGACUUCCGGUCUACAGGACAAUGUUCUAGGAGUAGUUCACGCGACCCUUCUUACAAUACCUCACAUUAUCAGGCACCGUAUAGCAACCGGUCGGAAUCUUCGGCAUCGGAGGUCGAUGUGGGAAGUGAGGAGUACGAAAAACGUCACCCAAGUGGACAGUCUCAUAGAUCAGAUCGCCAAAAUUCAAAAUAUGAAUCAAUCUUGGAGGGUGCUCCGCAACUAAUAAAAGACGAGGGAUAUAAAUCUCAGGACCAAUCAAAUGGUCCGUUACAAACAUUAUCACCUCCUAGAGAAUCAGUGCCACAGUCUGUUAUAAUCAGGCGACAUUCAAACCAUACUUAUUCUUCAAACGAGGCGAGGAACAACAACGGUUCUAGUGACUAUACUAACUCAGCUUUUCUCAAGUCAACUUCAUCCGCAUCGGCUAGUCUAACUUCAGACGUGAGAAAAUCCACGAACUCUACUGAGAGCAAUCAAUCAAAUAUUCUGAGUGCUACUUCCGGUUCCGAAACUAGCGCCGGUGAUAAACUGCUUAAUAUGAGACUACUUCACGAAAAAUCUCUCAAUUCCUCACAAGACUAUACUCAAUGUUUAAAAGCAGCGGCAGCGUGUGGUUAUGACAAUUACGGUCAGAACGGUAUGUACCAAACCACCGCCCUUCAAAACCAAAGAACAUAUCCCGUCAUGCCUCAGGCCGGAUAUACAAGCGUAAUUGUAGAACCGCAGCAAUAUCAUAUGGCUAACGGAUUUGUGCAUUAAUUAUUAUCAAGUGUGUGUGUAUAUGUAUUUUAUUAAUUAUGCCUGUGAAUUAUUAAGGCAAAUAAUUUUUACAGUAUUUUAAGGUAAAGAUCUUUGCUGCUCAGCGAAGCUGGGAGUAUAAAAUAGUCCUUUUAGUUUAAAAGACUAGAAUUUGUGAAAUUCACAAUCAGGUUUUUUAAGUAGGCAGUGCUGGUCUACCAUAUUUUAAAUGAAAUUAAUUAAUGAAAUCAUGGUUAAUUGGUGUGACGUAUUUAUUUUUGUUUCACCAGAUAAAUUUGCAUGAAAUUCACCAAAAGAUUUACUAAUUGUCUGUAUUAUUUAGCGUCAUAAUACUUUUCUACAUUAUACGUUUAAAACAAUAUGUCUAUUCAAUCUGAAAUAAUGUCUUCUAAUACAAAUACUUGGCUAUAUUUUCUUUGGAAUUAAGUUAUUUUGUUUAUCUAAUUACUCACAAUUUAAGGAUUCACCGUGUCAGACCCAAAGUCAGAUAUAGAAUUUAGGACUAUAGACUCAAUCAUAAGUUAUCACUAUUUGAAGUUUACGUUAUAUUCUGUUGAUUUUAAGAAACCCUCUUGAUUUAUCACACGACAUAAAAAUAGCAUUUUUCCUAAAAAUUUACCAUAGAAUUAAACCCUUUAGAGCAGUAUUUAUGUUUGUAUAUACCAUGUUGAAUAUCAUUCAAUAAUCGCAUGAAACGAUGGUGAAAUUUCUAAGUAGACUGGGUAAUUAUAUAAAUGGAAGGCCAUGUCUGCAUAUGGUUCCUUCAGUUGUUAUUUUCUAAGGCGUAAGCGUCUUGACCUUCCACUUGGUCUGUCACAGUUAGCCAGAGUUAGCUACCCUUGGUAAUAGUCAGAGUUUAUAAAGACAGGUGUGCUAUGGGCCCGACUGUGGCCCCACAGGUUGCACCUCUUUCGAUCUCCAACUGUCAAUGGAUAUUUACCAUGGUGUUAUUGCCCCUCCUUGGAACGACUGGGCGAUUUUCGAGAAAUGGUCAAAACCGGUUAUGUUCGUAUUGUCCUAUUCGUUAUAUUAUUUGCGCUGAUUCAGGGUGCUAUAUGCUAUAUAGAUCUAUUUGUUGUUAGUUUCAAGUAGACAGUAAAAUAAAAACGUAUUUCGUGUUGUUUUAAUAAAACUAUCAGUCCAAUUCUUGUUGUAUUUUAAAAUAAAUAGAACUUAAAAACUAAGAAACAAUAUGGUGAUUACUGGAUGCACUAGGAUUUGACUGAAUCUAUUAGUUGUGCAUGGAAUUUAAUUGAAAUUUUUUAUGUAUUUUAAUUCCACGACUUAAUCCACGCUAAGAUUUACUUAAAAUGGUUCUUCAGUAUUUAAUUAAAGAUACAUUAUUCAAGAGCUAAAUUCGACUUUUGUAGGUCUUUCUUUAGGCCUUAAAUGCUAUUUGAUUAUUAAUUAGACAUUUGUAAACAUGACCAGAGACCAUAAUCAACUCUCGAUGUCAUCAGAUGUUCAAGAUGUUAACUAGAUUAGAACGGUUCGGCCAUUUAAUGAUUUAAUUUAAAAAUGGAGGAGCUAGUCUAGGUUUCGAAUAUACCAGUACCGUGGUUACGAUAAUAAAAAAUCAAUGCACAUAACUACAAAAUCAAUAACUUGGCUCAGAAUAAAGCAAUUACAUAAAAUUUUCAAUAUAUUCAUUUUGCAUUAUCUAUUUUUGAACUAUCAUAGCAAGAACGAUCAGCUCAUUAUCCAAAUCUUACAUAAUGUAUCUUUAAGGAAAUACAAUCAAAAUAUAUAAUCUCCCUGUUUGGAUUCAAAGAGGCCAAAUAAAAGAUAUUUGAGAAGAUUUCAGGUGAUCUGGUUUUUGGUCAUAUCCCGUUAAUAUUGUCUGCAUGCAUACGAUGCCGAAUGUUGACAAAUAUCCUUGUAACGACUGAAUGGAAUAUUGUAAUUUAAAAAGGCUUCCACCAUCCCUCAGAUGACGUUCAGCGACAUUAAUGUAAGCAUGUCUCAGAUUUUCUUUCAAAUAAUGUAUGCAAUCAAAUUAUUUAAUUUCCGGCCUCGUACUUACCCCACCAUUACAAGAGCGAUGUUUUAUUAAAUGUACUAAAGAAUUAUGUAUACUAACGAAUUAUAGCGAAUUAUGUAUACUAAAUUCAUGUUGGUUUGUAAUAUGAAGGACUAUAGAGUCUCAUUAAAAGGGUAAUUAGCUUUAAGUUUUACCAUAUACGUGGAAUUAAAUGGCUGAUUAAAGUAAAUAUUAUUACAAAUGUUUGGCUUAAAUUGGAAAAUUAAAGCAUAUAUUGCACAUUGUAGUGAAUCGGAUCAGCUUCAUAACCAAGUUAUCACUGAAACAUUAUAAAAAGAUUUUUUGAAGCAUUUCCCCUGAGAAGAUUUAUAACAAGGAUAUCACUGAAAGGUUAUAAGCAUUUCUCCUGAAAAGAUUUAUCAAUCGUGGGGGCUACGCUGCAUUUUCAAUUUAAGUUACAGCUUUGAAAUACAUGUAGUGGAAUCCGUGGAAUUUUCGAAAGUCAUUCUCGAUUGUUACUAUUGAUAACAAAUAUAAGUUAAGCGGUCUGUUUAUGUUACAACAUUCUGUCAAUGUUAGUUAUCGAAGAUGAGUUAGACGACCCACCUCCUUAAAAAAAAAAGACAAAUUGCAUUGAAUCAAUAUUUAUGUCGUUCGUUUUUCUUUUAUUUGUCAUAAUUUUGUGUUAAAUAUAAAGAUUUUCAUAUAUUAUUAUUCUGUUUUAAUUAUAUUUCUUGAAAACAAAAUGUUGCAAUUUAUUGGCCAGGACCCGCUGUUAACAAAACAUGUUAAAAAUACUGCAACCGGAUACUUAUUUUUCUCAAAGCUAUUUAUUCUGUACAAAUAUUCUAUCGUAAUAUGAAUAUAAAUACACCAAGCAUGGCUGCCUACAAUUAAUAAAUUCAUCCGGAAUAUAUUCUAAUGAUAAGAAUGUCUUAAAUAAAAUAAAAUAAUAUAAUUAAUUUUUUGUAAAAAAAAAAUCUAAAUACGCAGGGACGUGUAUUAUUAGCUUUAUAUGUUCCUGGAAUACGUCAUGUAUGAAUGACGUCAUCAUAUGUAAAUGAAUCAUCGCCAUUUAAAGUAUGUAGUAUCUCAUUUGCAUAAUGUGAAAACGAGUCCAGUCGAAGAUCUAUUUGCCUAUACCUUUCUGUAUACAUACACAAUCUUUAUGUGUCCUAUAAAUAUAUAUAUAUUAAAACAUUCUAGAAAUUC